UUGACUGUCACGUGAGUGGUCUCGUGACAACAGGAAGGAGGAAUGACAACAGUGAGGAUGCUGCUGCUGCGGUUGUUUUGAUGCUUUACACAUUUUUUAAUUGACAGACAGACACAGAACAAUGACUUCAAUUAUAAAAGAAACACAAAGCAUAAAAGAAGCAGUGACUUUCAUCAAUGCGAUUGAUGUGAACAAGUUCUCCAGGCUGAUCUCCCGCAUCAUACAAAAGCUUCAUCUGAAGGGAGAGCGGACAUUCAGUGAAGAAGAGGAGCAAAAACUUCAAGCUGCUCUCUCAUUGGACAAACAGGCUCUCAGUCUAGUCCUGGAAACUGCUGCCUUUAUACUAGAGCAGGCAGUGUAUCACAAUGUAAAGCCGGCCUCUCUGCAGCAACAGCUGGAGGCGGUUCGUCUGGACCCAGACAAGGCUGAGAUGUUCUCUCAAACCUGGGCCACAGCUGGACCUGAGCUGGUGGACAGACUAAAGCACAGUGUCUUUGCCCCAAAGAAGCUGGAGUACGUCGGCUGGCAGUUAAACCUGCAGAUGGCCCAGUCCAGCCAAGCCAGACUGAAGUCUCCCAGUGCUGUCCUCCAACUGGGGCUCCGCAGUGAAGAUUCUGAGCAUGUGAAGAUUCAAGAGGCGGAUGUGGGACCGAUACGCUCUGGUGGAAGCGUAGUCAUGUUCCCAUUGUCCCCAACCAUAACACAGGAUGUGGUGGAUUCUAAUUGGGGAGGUUCAGGAAAAUGUCUUUGUUGAUUUUAACCACCAGGAGCUGCUUGAGUUCUACAACAAGCUUGAAAUCGUACAAGGCCAGUUGGAUUCCCUGACUUGAUGCCUGGUGCUCUUUGUACAACCACACACACACACAAACAUACAUGCGCACACACACGCACACAUGCAUUGUUAGUUUUUUUGCUGACAGCUAUGCCAGCUGUUAGAGGCCUGGCAAUUCCAUACUUGCUCUGAUUUAUUAGAGAAAAAUGUCAGAAAAUUGAUGGAAGGAGUUUCUUUCCCUUUUGAGCUUCAUGUAAUUCAGUUUUGUGCUCAUAACUUAGAGACGUCAGUGUGAUAAAUCAGAUUUUACGCUGAGUAUUUAUGUCUUCAUCAAGGGGAUGGUGGGAAAAUUACAUUUGUCAAUAUAGAUUGUGCUGAAACAAGUUUCUUAGUAACAUUUUUCUAUACCCUGUGAGUAACUUAAUGUUUGAUUGCCCUGUAACUUAGUUUUAAUGAUCUGUUUAAAAUGUGCCAAUUGUCAGCGAUCAUAAAAAAUCAUUUGCACCCUUAAAAAGAAUGAAAAAAUAAAUGAAAUGUUAUUUUCACUUGAAACAAAUGAGUUUGUUACUUGGACAAUAAACUAGUGUCCAUGCCAUUCUAAUAAAAUCUGAAGUGGAGGUAAAAUCCA